AAACUGGUUGUUAAGGCGAAUUGAUGUAUAUGCUGACAAUCUUUGUAAAAUGGGGUAUAUAUCAACAUUAUCUGUCAAUGAAAAUGUAACUCAAUCCACCACCUACGUUAUCCCAAAACUACACCACAAUAUAUAAACUGUACAAAACAUGAAUGCUUUUAAUCCUAAUAGUGCCCCUCCUUUUUCGAAAAUCUCUAUAUAUUUUACUUUUAUAUCUUCUACGAAGAUUUCGCUGUUACAAUGAUAAGCGUUUGCAACGUGAACAUGUAGUGUGCACGAGAACAGCGAAAAGCACAAAUUACCGCGCGCGCAGGCCUCGGCAGCGCCUAGCACGUCCUAUGGGCGCUGCAUAGGCGGCCGGCCUGGCCCGGCUGCCCCGGCGCGGCGCGGCCGGUGCAGGUGAUGAGGUCGAGGAGCUGCGUCGCGCCUAAAACCAGUGCAGCCGACCGAACACGACGCCUUCCGCCAGUGAGUGGAAAGUUUCUUGAAAGUUUCCUGAAAGUUUCCUGAAACUGUAAAUAGUACGACAGAUGGUGGACUGUACUCACUAAGAAGAAGAAGAACUUUAAGUUUUGGAUAUAUUUCUAGCAACUUAACGGUCGUGGUGUAGUUGCUACAAGGGAUAUUACAAGAGGUGAAUUUAUAGCUGAAUAUGAAGGGCAUCUGAUUACAGAAGAAGAACUUGAAAGAAGGGAAGAACAAAUAGAAAGUGUCUUCAGAUAUGAAUUCACCUGGAAAGGAAAGAAACUAUGCCGGAUCAUCUGUUGGUGUACCAACCCUUGGACCUCUUUCUCCUCCUAGAGUCCCACAGACUCCCACUAAGGAACGCCUUGAUCCUCAAAAUUCAUCACGAUGUAAUGAUGGAGCUGGAUCAUCUGGUGGUGUAUCAGCCCCUGGACCUCUUUGUCCUCCUAGGAAAAAUCCUACCCUGGUACCCCUCAAUCGUCAGGAAGAUUCAUCAAGAGAACGGAGGUACACGAGAUGGGAGUCUGGGGAAACGGCUCAACUAAAAGAGUUCUUCAAAGAAUACUUCACAUCAACUCAAACAAAACUUCCAUCAAGAGCAGAAAUUAGAAAAUUCAAAAUGAGAUUUCCAGCCUUCAGACAUGAUGUAAGGACCAUAGCAACCAAGGUCAUGAACGAGGUGCGGAAGACUGAACGACUGACAGAGGAAAGAGUCAAACGACUUGGGAUAAGAUAAUGAGGUGAUGGGCUAACAGGUUAAUCGGGACAUUUAUGGUAACUGUAACACGCAUCUUUUAGGAUAGAUUCAGGAUUGUGCUUAGAAUAAAUAAACUUACAGUCUUCAUAAAUCCCUUUUGAGUGUUUUCAACAAUCCAAUUAGUGAAGUCUUUCUAUAUGAGCUCACCUGAGCCGAAGGCUUAUAACUGCACAGAUGCUCGUCCCUGCAAAAACUGUCGCCUCAUGGGCAACAGAGCAUGCGGAUAGUGAUUAAUCAUCUAAAUAUUAGCUGUGGGGUCAUGCUUGUUAUCAAUUAUUUUAUGGUACUUUGAUGAAUUGUGUUAGGGUCCCUUACAAUCAAGUGGGUGGAGCAUUGGAGGAGUACCCUCUCAUGAUCGAGCUAUGAGGAUUUUAAAUAAAAUAAUGCAUGCAAACAUAUUUUUGAAAUGUGAUUCAGGCAAUUGCAGGGGCAGAGGUAGUUGAUGUCAGAUUUGCUGGCAGGAUUAAGAGUACAUAGGGCCCACAGGGCAACAGUUUGUUCAGGGGUGACCAUUUGGUAGGCAAGUCAGAGGAUCUCUCAAUCAAAUUUAUUGAUAAAAUACUACUAGAGGCAUAGGAUUGAAAGUUGCUCAAUUGAAGCAUGUGGUAAUUACUAAUUUGCAAUUACAUAUGACAAUUGCAUGACAUCAGGUGAGCACCAGGCCCCCUGGGGCUCUUAUCAUUUAUCCCUAACUGCCCUCCUCCAUAGUUUUGGCGAUUGCAUCGCGACCGCUACCAAUUUCAGAUUCUCGCUUUAUGACCUUUUCCCUUGCAGUCUUGUCUUGCACACAUUUUGCAGGGACUGAUUUUUAAAAUUUCAGGGGAGCUAUAAAUAGCUCUCCUGGAGGCUCUCAAGGAGAAUUUUUAGGGGAGCUAAAUUUGUCUUCACGUAGAAAGAUUAGGGUUACAAGGGGCUCUGUAAAUCACUCCCCAAAAAGCAUUUAAGGGGAGCGUGGGAGAGCAAUCGCUCUCACUCCCCUUAAAUCUUACUCCCUGAUUUUGAUACCACAUUUGUCCUUAUCAGACCAUGGACCUACUAGUAGGUCUAUGAUCAGACCUACCUAAGGGGUAUUAUGGGCCAAUUAGCAGACAUGGCAACAAAAAAAACGUAUUCCGUACUUUUCUAUCCUCUUUCGCUUCUUUAGGGGGUACUAAGAUCUAUAGAUGUCUAUGAAUGCAUAGCACCAUCAUGCCAUACUGCAUUGCACCUGUCUUCAUAGAAAACAUUUAAUUGUCCAAUGAAUUGUCUAUGUCCCUCAUUUACCAGAACGAAUGCUUUUGGUGCAGGAAUGAAACACUUGUGAAAAUGUAUGUAUGUAUGUUUUCUAUUGAAAAUAAUUGAAUAAUAAAAGGUUUUCAGGUCGACAGGUGGAAUGAGAUUGAUAUUUUUAUGAUCUGAAUAAUUCUUGACAUCUAAUGAGUUUGGUACCCCUUAUCCAAAUGUAAAAGACAAGAAUGCGCUUUUAGGACGGCAGUACUGAAUUAGUAUGCGCAUGUCAUUAAAAAGGCUAUAGCUGCAUAUAUUUGUGUAC